AUGAAGAUGAUGAUGAUGAUAAGAGAGGCAUGGGUCACUCACGUCGGCCGUGGCAGUGGCGACGUCGGUGUCGGUGAGGGUGAUGGUGUGGGCGGUGGCCAGGGGCGGCUGCUCGGCGGGCGGAAGGCUCACGGCCAUGUCCAGCUGCUCCGUUAUGGUCUCCACGGUGGCGGUCAUUAUCUGCGCAACGUGACUUUGGUGGCAAGGAUGGCGAGGAUGCCGCACUGGGUUAGCAGAACUGCGCGUGGCUAUGGUAUCUCGCUCAUGACCUGGUGGCUUGGAAUCGAUAACACUAGUUCUGAUCCAGGCGAGGCGCCUACCGAAUACACCGCG